AUGACCAAUUCGUACACGCAUUCGCCCGGAUUCUGCCCACUUUUGGUCCAAGAAUUUGUGGACACCCUCGAAUUUUAUAAGAAAAAUAUAGCUCCAGAGCUUUGCCUUCCAUUCAACGCGGAAAUUCACAAAACCGAUUUAAAAUAUCUAAAGAACUUGGUGGAUUGUAUUGAAGCAAUCAUGAACUGCAAAGAGAAGUGUUUAAUUGAAACCUUCAACAUUCCAAAGGACUUAAUGAAGGCACAUGAGCUGUACGAGAAACGAUAUAAAACGUAAGAUUACUGGAACUUUCAUAUAAGAUUGUUCUUAUAUGGUAAAUUUUGUGGUUUUGUGAAUAAAGCAAUAUAAGUCUGUCGGGAAAAUAAUAAGCACAAUGUCGCUGCGCCAAUCGCGUCGCUGAGGUAAAAAACAAUUCGACUUUGCCGUGAAACAAUUCAUUUCUCGGCGGAGAUGCGAUUUUCGAUUCGACAGAGUGCUGAUUAUUUUCCCGACAGAGUGAAAUUUAAAAUGAUGAGCAAAAAUUUCACUAAAAAAACCUCUUGUCUUAAUAAAAAUUUUUUCCUAAUUUCCCUUAUUUUUCCCCUUUUUUUGCUAAUUUCCCUUAACACCUAAACCUUUACUUUCAGCGUUCACAAGUCGCUCAUCUUCACCACACAGCAGACUGUUCAAUUUGAGAAUGAUAAGUGCGCAAUAUGUCAUGAGGAACAAUCAAAGAAGCCCAUGUACUGCUUGCAAUGUCUGAAAGUGGUUGGCUGUUACGACUGUAUCGUGGAUUGGGUUGGAAACGAAGAGAGCCAAUUUUUAAAAUGUUUGCGGUGCCAAAGAAGAUGUCUGUCCUCUUGUCCGACAUUCUACUUCGCGAAAAUGUAGUUUGCUUGUACAUGUUUAAUUAGUAAUAAAUUAUUUGGUAAAUUCCAAUUGGAGACUGACCUCGCAAUUUUAAGUGAGGUUCAACUAUAAAUUUAAUUCCAAAAAAACUUGUACUAUGAAUACUUUACUGCAACAGAAGUAUUCUACUGUAAAUAUGAUGUCCAACAAUUUAGUGAUCCAAAAUUGCAACAUAUGUAUUAAACAUUUUCAUUGCGUUCUACUUGAACCUUGCCAGCCCUCUCGUUUUACGAGUUGUAACAAUGUCAAGUAAAAACCCCGCGCAUUACACUUUUUAGGUGCUUUUUCAGCCCACUUUAGGUGCUUUUUCAGCCCACCACAUCAGCAAGCCUUCGGAAAAAACAGCUUACAAAAUAAAUUGUCAAUGAUACCUAGCUGCGUCAGCACCUUCUACGACUUUUGAGGAUUAUAGCAACACCAACCCGAGACCCGUAGCCGCUGGAAAGGGGAGGUGACUUGAGUUGCUUCGUACCCUGCCAAAAUCGAGGCACUUCCGAGUUUUUAGCGAUAGAAAAUCUCGGCUAUGCCGUAAGGCUUAGCAAUACGCCCUAGAUAAAGCUUCAAUGGGCCUUCUAUUAGUCUAGAAGUAUAUUGAAAUAAGGAGGGAUCUCAUCUAGAAAAUAAUCGACUUCAAACGUUUGCAAGAAAAUGGUCAAAAGUCUUUGUAUCUUUGCUCGUUUUGACAUAUCUCAGCCAUGACGACAAUGCUGGCAUACGAUAAGUUUUUUUCCAAUAUGGUGCGUAAAAAAAGCUACAUAUUGGAAAUUGGUGCUUUUCCGCACAAGACACAUCCAUAAAACAAAGUGUCGAAAAAGGUUAUUACAUUUUUCUGGAAUUAAUUUUAUAAUUUUUGAACCGUCGGCCAUGCUCAAUACGUGGCUGUUGACGGCUAAAAAAGCGGUAACAAGAUUGGAAUGGCCCAAAAGGGUCUCCGCGGCCAAUAAAACCAUGUUUAACGACUGUUCUUUGCCGUCAGCAGUUACGGAAACCCCGUAUUGGAAAUCUGUUUUGGACACUGAAAGUUUUCAUCUAAAAAUUAAUGAAUAAACAUUACUAAAAAGCGCCGUAUACCGAACUGUUUCAAGGUAUGUAAAAAUGUUACAGGAUGUGUUUGGGUUGAUAUUCGGCUAAUUUCUUAUUCUCUGUUCCCACCAAAUUCGAUGAUGAUAUGACCACACUGAAUCUACGUAUUUUGCCCUGUUGCGUGUUACCAUAUCAUACCGUCACUCUAAUUAAGAAUAUUUCCAACUUUUUCAGCACAAAUACCCUAUUAUUUUGGAGGUGUUGACUCUCAUUCUGUCUGCAUGAGCAGGCCCACCCAGUUCUAACAAUAGUCGUACGCAAUUUAGGGGUGGUAAAAGGUUUGUCUUUUCAUUGUAACCGGUGCUUCUUAUAACGAAAAAAUACAAGUAACAAGCCUGUUCACGCGGGAGCCUUAUUUGUUUUUGAAACUUCAUUGACCGUUUAAAAAAAUCUUUUUUAAAGUUUGUGAUAAUCUUCAUAACCCAGUUUAUUUUUAUUUUUACAGGUUCCGGAAACCUCUUCCCGUGCCGACGCCAACAGCAAUUUAAACCGUAAUGAGUAAGUACAAUUUUUAUUUGCAUCCGCCUCUGUCAAUCUAAACGCGAACCGCUUGCACAACAAUUAUCUUUAAAAUUUGCGAAUUUUCUUCGCAUAUUGCGCAUCUACUGUUUUUUUGGACCUUGUAGGAACCACGGGUUCAUUCUCGUGGGCCCAGCUUGACAAGCUCGGCGAGAUCUCUAUUCAGGCUCCGUUGAGUUCAGCAAACAGCAAAGAAGCGGCUGGCUCUGGUCCAGAGCCGGAAAGAAGUAAGUAAAAGAUGCCUGGUAGACAAUCGAGUUCGUUUGAAAAUUUAGUCUAAAAAUUGAGGCGGAUUCCCAGAUUUUCAACCAUUCACAGUGCUUUUUAUCUGACCCUAUCUGGUCGUAGGUAGACUUGGCUCUCGGGCCGGCCCGGGCCGAAAAUCGCGGCCCGGCCCGCGGGCCGGAAGAGGUCGGCCCGGCCCGUUUCAAUUUUUCUUCGGCCCGGCCCGGCCCAGCCCGCGGCCCGGCCCGAAAAUUGGGAACAAGUAAAAAACCUUAAUUCGCUAUCAGAUGUGUCAUAUUUUUCUUUACUAUAACAACUAACAGUACAUUUUUAAAGCAGAAAAUUACUUGCCAACGCAUUGCCUUUUUAAAAUUAAUCAAAAAAUUCCCGAGAUCCGUUUUCAGACUAUUAAAAAUUGCCCCAAGAUCAAUUUUAUAGAUUAAGUAAAGGUGCAACCACGUUUAUCAAGGUUUUAAACUUCAAGAUGAUAGUGUUGCUUCACACGACUUCUUAAUUGUGUUUUUAAGGGUGUCGGUUACGUUUAUUUUGAGUUUUUGUUCAAAAAAUUACUACAAACACUAAUAUACAUUAGUACUUAAUAGAUUUUACUAGUAAAAUUACUUAUUAUUAGCCAUUUUUGAAUACUUCCGUGCUUUAUUUUUAUAAAAUUAUGCUUACUGUAUGAAAAAUAUAGACCCCAUUCUUGGCUUUGCGUUUUAAUUGUAUUGGCAACCGGGCCGGCCCAGCCCGGCAGCCAAGUCUAGUCGUAGGGAGAUCAUUUUAUAUGGUCAGACAAGAAGGUUCGUCUGGACUAAAAUAUACGGGUCACUGUCCCUACAAAAAAAACCAAAAUUUGUAUUUUGAACCGAUCGAAAAAGUAGACAAAGACUGUAAAUUCCCAAUUCAUUUCAUAAUUGUAAAACAUAUGCCCUAACGCCACGAUUAUCAUGAUUACCGAAUUUUGGGUUGUUUUUGCGUACACCUUGCACAAUAUAUUAGUACUUUCGAAAAGAGUCCAAAAUCGAAUAUAAAUGCCCUAGGUCUGUGUUGAAAUGCCAAAGCAUUGUCGUCUUCGCAACUACUAUUUCAACUCCAUUUUUGUAAAGGCAACUCAAAUGUUCAUUUUUUUCAAUCCAACGUCAAUUUUACGUCAUUCUGGUCAAAUUGAAAGUUCUACUGUACAAACCUUUCAUGUACAAAUUAGAACAUAGACAAGUGAUGAAUAACGUUGAUAUUAGUGUCAACUAGUUUUAUUUAUUACGUAAUCGGCGGUUUUGGCAAGAAAAAAAGGAUUCUGUUGCCAAAGAAAAUAAGAUUUCUGGCAAAACUCCACAAAAAUUUUCCAAAAAAGUUUGUUUUGACAACCAAAUUUGACAUGACAAAAACUAUGCCAAUCUGUCAGUGUCACAAGUUGACAGAUUGCCUACCUAAACCUACUUAAACAUCAACCUGAAAAAAACCGGACUAGACAUGGCUCCCGGCUGGACGGGGCCGGCCUGACCGCCCCCGCCAUGGAGUAAUAAUUACAAUCUUGAGUAUCGAAGCGAAAAUUGGUUAGCCAAUGGAAACAAAUUUCGAUGCCAAGACACGAUUGCUUUUUUUUGGUAUUGUAUUUUUGGUUUUAUACAGCUUCGGAAUGCAGUAUUAUCUAUUUACAUGAUAAUAGAAAAAAUGGUCAAAAUAUAUAUUUCAAGCUUCCUUGAUGCCAUUUCCCAAUCUCCAAUUUGAUUUCAUCUUCCAACGUGUGUGCUCCCUACACGUUCGUAGAUGGAAUCGAACUCUUGCCCUUCCUUUUUUGCUUUCCCAAACACGUGUCCUGCCCCAAAUCUACAUGCACUACAGUUGAAUGGCCAAUUAGUGGCCCGAAAUUUGGUUUUCGAAUCUCCGCCCUCAUAUGUGACUUUGCCGUCCCGCAUUACGUACGCCAUAAAAUCGGUGCUGAACUAUGUUUUUUAUUGUGUCUAAAGAAAGCAGCGUUUUAACAGUUGUUGCUAUUUGCUUCUGUCUAUGGUAUUCGACAAUUUCUGACAAAUCGUUUAGCUAUGAUAAAAUGAAUAACAAAAACAGGUGAUUUUAUUUUGAGACUAUUGUUAGUAGGCUGGUAGACACAAAAUAAACCUAUUUGUGAUGAUUACAUUAUAGUUCGUAAUAAUACAGGGCUUAGUCUCAAUUAUUAUAUAUUUAUUUGCUUUUUGAUUUUCGUAUUUGGCUCAUUAGCUCUUUGGGAUUUCUGAUAUAGCUUAAAUAGACAGUUUACGGUUCUUUUAUUACAGCAAUUCGUUGUAGAGUGACUCUAAAUUUAUCUUGCAGCACAGCGUUCAUACUUUGUUGCUGAUAAUCUUUAUGGGACGUUUCGCUUUGCAUAUUGAGAGACCAGGCGCAUUGCCACGGGUGGGGUUGACUGGGCACCUCCUUCUCCAGAGCGGUGUGGAACAGAACAAUACGGUAAGGGGUGACCGGUAGUUCCAAUCGUUUUUUAACGCAGGAACGAACCUGCAGUCCGUGAUUAAGCAGGGAGCUAUUGAACGUAAAUAUUAUUAGAAGCAACAAGCAACGGCUAACGUACAGUGGGGAACUUGAUCCAGUGUCAAAAAACGUACCCUUUUUGCAUCCGGGAAGUAUCAUAAAACCUAGCAAAAUGCCUCCAACAAAAAAAAAGAUUAGUUUGAAGAGACAUUUUGGUACAUUUUUUGAUAAUUCCCGGAAUGCAAAAUGGUACGUUUUUUGCCACUGUAUAAAGCUCCCCACUGUACGUUAGCCGUUGCUUGUUAUUUCUAGUAAUAUUUACGUUCAAUAGCUCUCUGCUUAAUCACCACUAAUCGCGUUGCCAACCGACCACUGUAGGGAAUUGCCAUUUCAUUUCGCUAUAUGACUUCUUAAUCGAUUGCUAUAAAAACAAGUGCGGGGUGCAAUUUUGGCAUAUUAUGACAACGAGACUUACCCCGCGAAAGGCUAUGAAAACGUUGAUGUUUCGUUUGUAGGCCCUGCAGUAGUUUCCUUAUUUAGAAUUCACUUCCUAGAAUGGAAAUAAAAAGGAAGUAACGUGUAGAAUUAAAAUUAGAACCUAUUACUUUGAACAUUCUUAGUUAAAUAUACUUGUGUUUUCGAAAAUCAGAGAUUCUCUAACUUAAUUCUUGGUGACGCCGAAACAUUCAACGAUUUUCUGUCCGGUAGUGAAACGAUCUAUGUAAAAUAAGACGCGGAAAUCAGAGAAAAGUUUGUAUAACCAUUUUUCGUAUCUAAUUUUUAUAGCUACGAACUCCUCACCUCAAAAAAUUGUAUUUCUCAUAUUUCAAGUAUGUCCACAGCGAAACUGAACAUUAAUGAGCCAGUUGCAAAAAGGAGGAAACCGGUAGUUUAUUUUACCAUCUCAUUUUCCAAAGAAUCCAAUAACAGCUACAGUGGGGGACCUGAUCCAGUGACAAGAAACGCACCAUUUUGCAUCCGGGAAGUUUCAAAAAAGUGGCAAAAUGCAUCCCUCUCCAAGUAAAAAACUCCAUUUUGAAAGGCGCGCCCUUUUUCCUCACAAAAAGUGCGGGUGCGUUUUUGAAAUCGGAGUUGUUUUACUUGGAGAGGGAGGUAUUUUGCCACAUUUUUUGAUGCUUGCUGGAUGCAAAAUUGUACAUUUUUUUGCCACUGGAUCAGGUCCCUCUCACUUUACGCCCUGAUCAUAUCCUUAAUUUACUCAGCGAGCGUCUAUAGGGUUCAUGGGUUCUUCCCGCUUUCCCUGUUUCUUUCCCCAAAUGGCCUUGCUCCCCAAUUGGACUAGGUCCAACCCUCAAAGAUCAACUUAUAAUAUUAGCCUUACAUAUUUGUCUCUUACACAAGAACUAAACAUCUCGAAGUGGCUAACCUUGUUAGUACGGACAAACAAACUAUUAUAAAAUUCCUACCCCUUACUUCUAACCCCAAGAUUGUUUCAGAUCCAUGCGAGAAUACAACUGCCUGGACUGCAUGAUGGUGCAUCCAUACGAGGACUGGCUGCCGAUUUAUCAGCAGUUCGCCCGCGCUCACAGGAUUUUCUUCUUCUUUUCGUUUUUUGCAAAUUUUUACUUUUUAUACCGACUGUUUUUUGCGUCAAUGAUCCACAAGAACAUUCGAUUAGUACUGGUAAGUAUUUUAAUUUUUCUGCGGUAUAAAAAACACUGAAGAAAAAUAAUUUUUUUGUAGUAAUAUUUUCAACUACAUUAUUUUGCGGCUUUAAUCUUCAAAAAACAAAAAUAAAUUGGGGUGUGCCAUUAAAAAAUUUCGACGUUUCUGCGCGAUACAAUUUUGAAGAAUCAAAGGUUUGUUUGCAUGAUGUAAUAAAAACCAAAAGAUUUACUUUGGGAAAGUACAAGAACUCAAUUUUUUGUACCUUUCACUAAUAAUUACAAAAAGUUACUAUUAUAUUACCGUAUCGGAAUAAAAUAAAAAACUGUCGCAUUUUGCUAACUUUUUCCUAAAAUAUUAUGUUAUAUUAAAAAUUUUUAAUGGCCCAGCAUUACACUCCUAUCUUUCAGUGCAGCGCCGCCUUAUCGUUUGAAAUCCUCGGCGCAACCCGCGUUUCCGUCCAACUUUUGCUGGAGAACACGGCCGACGUGGAAGAUCGCUAUGUCGUAAACUUGAUUUGUUUGGUCCUAAGCAAUAUUCAUAUGAUCGCAGUUUUUGGUUCUGUUCUAUGCAUGAACAUGCUGGCUGUGGAACAGCAUUUGGCUACAGUUUGGGUGAAGGACUAUGAGCAGCGAAGCUGUACAGUCGGGAUUAUUUUGAUCACGCUGGUGGUAAGCAAAUGCCACUUUUUUUUGGAAUAAUAGAGUUCCGAACCCUACAUCAUUUUUUUGAAUUUUAAAUUUUGCCACCUGAGACGAUGAAAUUUGAAAAAAAGCGAUUUAUAUGGGUUCCUCUAAAUUGGGGUCUCACCAAUCGUUGAAAAUUUUAGUCCUCGCUUCGCACGCUUUUCUGGGACGUCGAAUAAUUUGUCCUGUUGACAUAUGGGAAGUUAAAUUAACGUUCAAUUUAUGAGCUUUGAUGUUGCGUUUAUCCAAUUUCUACAGGGUGCGCCAAAAAAAAUGGACAAAAAUAAAAAGGGUUGUGUCCCGCCACGAAAAGCGUAACCAGUAGGGAAAAUGGGACCAUUAUGACCACAAACCAGUCACUUGCAGACCCCUUAAAUCCCUUUUUUACUUUUCCCACACAUUUUUGCAAUAUGGGCAAAAAGGCAAAGAGGGACCAAAUUGUGUCUUUAUUUUCUAAAGAAUUUUCCCGGAAGAAAAUUGUUUGAGGUUGUGGUUCUCUCCGUACAACUGUCACCUGGGCUUAGGAUAUGUUUGAGGAUGUGGGUAGCAUCUAGAGGUUUACAGGAAGUGGUAGACCCAGAACAGAAACGACUCCGGCUCUGAGGAAAAGCAUCAGAAGUCGGACUGACCCUGAUCUUUGCAGAUCUUUGGAAGGAACGGCUUCUGAACUGAAUAUCUCGGCGUCAUCGGUUAGAAGAAUUGUAAAAUGCGGCAUGAGAUGUUCCUAAUAUUCUAUUCUAUGCGGGCCAUGCGUUUAUUCAACAUAAAAAUAUAAGGCACGGCUCCAGUGUGUCUGAAAGUUAAGAAAAGAAGCCGCUGACACGGUACUUUUCGCGGGCACCCACCGGUUACCUUUUGAGCCCUCGGAUCUCCGCCGAAAGAGCAGGUUUCAGCUUGAAUCUUUUUGACACUAUAGAAGGGACCUAAAUGUAUACUAUAAGUGCCUUUUGGGCCAGCUAGGAUCAACAGCGACUUUUCAGUACACUUUUUAAGAAAAAUCUCCAGUUUUCGUCCAAAAUUUUAGAAUUUUGUCACUAACUCGAAGCAUGACGACGCUGAAAAUUUAAAAAACAGUUUUUUCAGUACCUACUCGGUCGGCAAACAACUCAAAGCUUGGCAGUUGUCCAAAGCCUUAUCAGUUUCUCACUACAAAACUUUUCCUGGUUUUCAAAAUUUUGGGUUUUAUUUUAGUGCCCCUGCGGCUCAAGUUAGAAUGUCUGCGGUAUUGAAAUGGAAAGUUACUAUUACUAUUCCUUUACAUAUGUGAUAGUACUGGUCUUAACGUAUUCGAAAACUUUUAUUUGAAGUUUCGGUGACGCCUUAAAAAAUAUUUAUGCCUCACUUUCCAAAGGACCCAUUUUCGAGAAUUGCGAUCGGGACAUGGUCAACUUUAACCCCCGAGAAAAAAAGGUGCAGUAAAUUUAUACCUUCAUUCUUAUCAUGAAUAUAUUUCUUGAACGUCGCUAUUUAGUGGGCUAAAACGUUUCCUCAAAUAUUUUACCCCAGAGCCAGAUAUCGCCAAAAUGUUUUUGUCCAUUUUUUUUGGCGCACCCUGUACACUAAAUUUCUGGAGUUGUGUUUCCAAACAGAGUCAAAGUAUUUAACGAUCUUUGUCGAUGAGAGAGGUGUAAAAAUAGGUGUAAUGGAACAUCAAAGCUCAUGAAUUGAACGUUAAUUUAACUUCCAUAUGUCAACAGGACAAAUUAUUCGACAUCUCGGAAAAUCGAGCAAAAGCGAGGGCUAAAGUUUUCAACGAUUUUUGAGACGUCAAGUUAGAGGAAACCCUUAAAAAUUGCUUUUUUAAAAAUUUCAUCGUCUAAGGUGGCAAAAUUAAAAUGCAAAAAAAUGCUGUAGGGUUUGGAUGGGCUAAAAUUUUCGACGAUUUUUGAGACCCCAAUUUAGAGAACUCGGACAGAAUUUGAAGAAAACUUGAGCUCAUUCCUUUUGCUUUCAAAUCCCUGAACCCCAAAAAUUUCAGUUUGUUCAAAGUGUGCCUCUGGCGAUAGUGCUCAACUGGUAUUACAUGAAAGAUGAAUUUCAUCUCCAUACCUCAUACAAAUCUUGCAUCGCUGUGGAACUACAUUGGGAACUGGCGCUGAUGGGAUUCAGUGCCUGUAGUGUUACUUGCACUGUCGCAGCUGUGGUAAGUCAGAGAUCUUUCUUAUUUAUUUUUGGACCGACCAAAAGCAAUUUUAUUAGCUCUCGGAGGUCGUUGGAGGGAAAUUGGUUGGGCGUUUUGUUGUUUGUAGUCUAACAAAGAACCGAGAAUCGGUGUUUCUUAGUUUUUAGUCUAAUUUUGUCAAAAUCUGGCCAUAAAAAACGGCACUAUUCACAAAAUAAACGAUAUUGGCCCCGUUGAACAAAAAAAUCAAAAAAUUCCGUUUUCAGUGGAUGGAAUGGCUGAAAAAGAAGAAUCGUCGACUCACACGUAAUCGUUUGAUGCUUCAGAGUCUUAGCGCCAGAUUUCAACAGACCGAAAAUUCAGCUAUGAACGAUGCGAUUGCCCCGUCCAUGGUUGGGUACAUGGUGAUGACGUUUUGCGGGUUUAUCCUCAGUUUCACACGAAAAUACUUCGUGGACAACUACGGGGAGGACUUCAUUUUGAACAAGUUUGCGACUGAUGUAAGUUUUCUAAUGCGAUUUUUUGACAUUGAACCCCAAAAAUUGGACCCUUCAAAACUCGGCACAAAUUUACAGUGGGGUCCUGAUCCAGAGGCAAAAAACGUACCAUUUUGCAUCCGGGAAGUAUCAAAACUAUCGCAAGAUGCUUCCCUCUCCAAGUGAAAAAGCUCUGAUUUCAAAAACCCCGCUCUUUUUGUGAGGAAAAGGGCGCGCCCUUCAAAACGAAGUUUUUUCACUUGGAGAGGGAAGCAUUUUGCCACAUUUUUGACGCUUCCCAAAUGGUACGUUUUUUGCGACUGGAUCAGGUCCGCAACUGUAAUACAUUUUGCAAGUUUUUUAAUUUUUGACACUGCAGAAAUGCAUAUCAAAAAUGUGGCAAAAUGCUUCCCUCGCCAACUAAAAAACUUCUUUUUGAAGAGCGCCCUUUCCCUCACAAAAAGAGAUGGCGCUUUUGAAAUCGGAGUUUUUCACUUGGAAAGGAGGUAUUUUGCCACAUUUUUGAUACUUCCCGCAUGCAAAAUGGUGCGCUUUUUGCCACUGGAUCAUGUACUCCCCCACUGUGGAGUACAUUUUUCUACGACAUAUGAAAAAGUUUCAACUUGCAUUUUAGUUGAAACUUUUUGCAAGUUUCUUAUGGUCAAAAAUUAGAAACAUGGAGCUGAAACCUUCACAGAUGUCAUAGAAAAUCCUACUCUAAACUUGAGUCAACUUUUGAACGGUCAAAUUUUGGAGUAAACUAUAAAAAUAACAAUAAUUUCUACUAUCACCUUCAGCUAGGAUACAUGCUGUUUGACAUCUACUCAGUGUUCCACAUGUUUUGUUUUCUCUACUGCAAUAAACACCUUCGGAAUCAGUGUCGCCGAGACUUCUUCCGACUGAUAGGAAGGAGCGCCCAGGAAUCCGAGCGAGCCGUUGAUUUCACGGUGGACAAGAAUGCUGAGCUCGCGGGAGAGCAAUAUUUCAAUCAACUCAAGAAUAGUUGGCAAUAA